UUUACUCUCACACGAGUCCAGUAACCCGCGCCCUGACCAUGGCCGGCAGCAGCAGGAUGUUGAUGAUGAUGAAGCCUUAUGGCGGUGGUGGUGGUCCUCUGGCUAUGGCUAGAAUGCAGAGCACUGUGAGCGAGAGUGCUCCUGCUGCUGCUGCUGCUGCCAGUGCCAAGGUCCCAUUCAGCAGUGCAGCUGCUCAAGCCAAGGCCCACGAUAUGGCCUCUAACCCCGCGGGUACUAAGCAUUUCAAAAGGAAAUCUCCAACGCCCGACGGAGCGGCCACUCCUACCGAAAUGCCAGCCCAUUCGGAUCACUCCCUGCCUCACCCGAUCUGGAAUCUCGCGGAGAUAGAGCGCGUCGAGCAGACACAUUACCCUCCGAAGGGUUUCUCGGACAGAGCAGCCUACUACAGUGUGCAGGCUUUGAGGCAGAGUUUCGACAUUCUGUCGGGGUAUAAGUUCGGCCAGCAUCACGCUGAGAUGUGGGUACGCCGUGUGGUCUUCCUGGAGACGGUCGCUGCUGUGCCCGGUAUGGUCGGUGGUAUGGUUAGGCAUCUCAAUAGCCUUCGUAAUAUGGAAAGAGACCAUGGUUGGAUCCAUACUCUGCUGGAGGAGGCUGAGAACGAGCGUAUGCAUUUGAUGAUCGCUCUGACGUUGAAGGAGCCUGGUCCGCUACUACGUGGUUUGGUGCUCGUCAGUCAGGGCAUCUUCUUUUGGACCUAUGGGCUUCUCUAUUUAUUGGCUCCUAAAUUCAACCAUAGAUUCGUUGGCUAUCUGGAGGAGGAAGCCGUCAAGACUUACACCAAUCUCCUUAAGUGCAUCGACGAAGGCAAAGUCUCGGAGUUCGCUAGCGAGCCCGCGCCCUUUAUCGCGAGGGACUACUACGAACUGGGCGAAAACGCUACGCUGAGAGAUGUCUUUGCAUGCAUACGGGCUGACGAGUCGCAUCACAGAGAUGUUAACCAUACGUUUGCUUCCGCAGACGAGAACGGCUGUAAGUACAAGAACCCCUUCCCUCCCGGUCACUAGGCGUAUUUUGAGGCAUCGAUAAGCCUCCCAUUCCUCCUGUAAUUAUCUGAUGACUCGUGUCAUAUAAUUUUCUGUUAAGCUCCAGCCUGUGUUCGUGCAUGUUCCUGCCUUUUUAUUGAGCAAUGUCGAGCAUGUCGUGAAUACAUGCGCUGUACAUAGCCUUUUGAACCUUUUUUUGCAUUCGUACAGAUCGGCCGUCCAUAUGAGGCAUACAGAGAGGCCCCUGGAAAAAAACUUCAGGGACCGACUCAAAUCUGUCUGCUGUUGCUUACUACCAUUAUGGGAGUUGGCUCGGACAGCUUGUCCUGUGCGGCAAAAGCCAGGCUCAGUACUGUCGUAUAGACAAUGACCGUGGGUGCUCCUAUCACUCAUCAGCGUACACCCAACCACUGAACUCCCAUAUGUGUAUUGGCUGUUUAAUCAGUCACGGGAAGCACAGCUGC